CGUUCCUCUAAUACACCGUUGAGGACAUCAGGAGCAUUCUUCCCAGACAUGUGCUUCUGUCACUCACCAGCGUUCAGCUGCACAACGACAGAGCCCACAUUGCUGCUCCACUGUGUUCCCAGGACCCGGCUGGCACACACUCUCCUGACCGCGGCCCUCCGCUCUCUGCAGCCUCGACCUGUAAAAGACUGAAGCUUGAUGCCACUUUUUCUUGGUUCUCGUCUCGCGUUUUAAAUCUCCACUCAAAGCGGCUUUGACCCGGUUUCAGGUGGACGAGCUGAGCAAAGACAGGAGCUUUGUUUCCCAACAUGGCCUUCACGAGGAGCUGGGCAGUCGCCCUCCUGCUGGUGCUCCUGAGCCCUCUGCAGCUCCCACACUCUGGUUUAGCGAGCGCCCAGGAUGUGAGUGAGGAAGAGGAAGACCUCCACACCAGACAUGCAGAGGAAGUUGUGGCUGAUGACGACGAAACUGAUGACGACGGGGAGGAAGGAGAGUCAGAUCAAGAGGAGGGAGAAGAUACUGAUGAGGGGAAGGGUGAGGAAGACCAGGAGGACAGGGAUGAGGAAGGAGAUGAAGAGGUGGCUGCUGAUGAUGAAGAAGAAGAGGAGGCCAAUGAGGAAGCAGAGGAAGAGGCUGCAGAGGUAGAUGACGAAAGUGAUGGAGAUGAGGAAGAGGAGGACGAGGCUGCAGAAGUUAAAGGCAAGGAUGAGGGGGCUACUGAAGAGGAGGAAGGUGAGGCAGCAGAGGAAGAUGAUGGAAGUGAUGAGGAAGAGGAUGGCUCUGAUGAAGAGGACGAUGAGGCUGCAGAGGAAGAUGAUGGAACUGAUGAGGAAGAGGAUGAAGAGGACGAUGAGGCUGCAGAGGAAGAUGACGAAGAGGACAAUGAGGCUGCAGAGGAAGUAGCUAGUGACGAGGAAGAGGAGGAGGGCGAAGCUGCAGACGAAGAGGCAGCGGAUGUGGAAAAUGACUCUGAGGAAGAGGAAGCAGAGGAUCGUCCUGCUGAUGAUGAAGAAGAUGAAGCGGACCACACAACAGACGACAUUGGUGAAACAAACGAAGAAGAGGAAACUUCUGACACACAGCACUUCCAAUCUGGCUCGCUGUGCAGUGUUUGCUCCAUCUGUGAGCAUUGCACUGAACACUGUGACAAGUGUCCAUGUGCAGAGGGAGACGAGUCCGAUCACUGCGAACACUGUGAAGACUGCUCCUCCUGCUACAUUUGCCCCAUUCUGUGUGAGACAAUUUGCACGCCAGGCGGUUUUGUCGACGAACUAACCGGAUCCAUCUUUCAGUCUGUUUCUUCUCUACUCUGAGCAAAACACACAAGGACUUCUUUUAAGAAGAUGAUUGGGAUCCAACUGUUAGUUCAGCAGCAGAACGAUGAGUUGAAGUACAACAGGAACUAGUCUUCAGUCUUUGUUUAUGUUCUAAGAAACACUUUAAUGUUAUUUUAAACUGGACUAGAGCUGUGUGGUUAGGUUGGGAGGUUUAGGACAUUUUUGUAUGAAUUUUACUUGGAAAAAAUGCAAUAACUCAUUUUCAUUUUGGAGCAAAUAUAUAAAUAAAACUAUAUAUGAUAAAAAAAAA